CAUGGCAAAAAAUAUAAAAAAAAUACUCAUUUAAGUAUUAAACUAUUAUGUUUGAAAGAUUUAAAAUUCACACAUAUUAUUUUCUCAAUGUGAAAGUAGACAAGAUGGCGACUUCCAGUGCAGACGAAACAACACAAAGUGAUGCAGGAGAUCUUUUGGAAAAAAUAUCUGAUAAAUGGGAUCCCUGUACCUGUAGAGACUGGGAAAAUGAGAAACCAACUCAGCAGUGCUUUCUCAGAAUAAAAAGAGACAUUAUGGCUAUUUAUAAUGAACCACCACCUUUUAUCUGUAUAGUACCAGACAAAGAAGACAUGACAAAGAUUCAUGCAUUGAUCACAGGACCAUUUGACACACCAUAUGAGGGAGGGUUUUUCCUGUUUCUAAUUCGAUGUCCACCAGAUUAUCCUAUUAGACCUCCUCGAGUAAAACUGCUAACAACAGGCAACAAAGAAGUCAGAUUUAAUCCAAAUCUAUACAAAAAUGGAAAAGUUUGUUUAAGUAUUUUAGGGACAUGGGCCGGUCCAGCCUGGAGUCCAGCACAAAGUUUAUCAAGUAUUUUGAUUUCCAUACAGUCAUUACUGAAUGAGAAACCUUACCACAAUGAACCAGGAUUUGAAUGGGAAAGAAAUCCUGGAGAUGCACAACGAUAUAAUGAUGUCAUCCGUCAUGAAACAUUAAGAGUAGCUGUAUGUGAUAUGUUAGAGAGAAAAUGUCCAUGUCCUGAAAGCUUGUAUGAUGUGAUGGAAUCAUCAUUUCUAGAUUAUUACGAAUAUUAUGAAACUGUGUGCAAUUCAAACAUGUCCAAACAGGGUCAAUCAAUGCAGGACCCCUUUGGUGACAGAAGGAAGCAAUUUGAUUACAAAGGAAUUUUAAAAAGACUUAAUGUAGUUAAAAAUAAACUUGAAGAGAAACUGAAGACCAAACCAUUAUCAGAUGAUGAAGAUUCUGAUUUAGACACAGACUCCAGUACAAAUAGAUGACAUACCAGCUAGCUACAGUGUUUCUGAUUUAGACAGACUCUAUUACUAAUAGAUGACAUAGCAAUAUAAACUGCUUGCUGCAGUGUUUUCUGAUCUCUCAAUGAAGUAGUGUAGUCUUAUUUCAUAGUUAAACUAGCCAAUAACAAUACUGUUUGUUUUCUAGCAAUUACUAAAGCUUCGCUGUUGAGAAUAUUCAUAAUUAUGUAAGACAACAAUUUUAUUGUUGUAAUGAAGCUAACUUUUAAUUUCAAAUACUUUGAUAUCUGUUGUUAAAGUUUUAGGGAAUGGGGUCAAAAUUCUUCAUGCCUAAUGCAUUUGCGGCUUUUUUUUAUAGUCUUCAGUUUUCAUUAUAAUUUACAUCACACAUUAUGGUAUAUGUCUUGCAAGAACUUCAUAUUUCACAUAAAACUACAUUGUACUAUAUAUAUUCAUGUAUAGAUUUUCAGCAGAACCCCUAAAGACAUGUUUGACUCACAGUUAAUCUUAAAAUACAGAAUAUUAACCAGGAUAUUCAAUUAGUGAGUAUAUCUAUUGUUCCCAAGCUACAAACUAAUUUUCUUGGUACUAUUUAUUUGGUUACUACAGCAUUCCACACAUCUGGGCCAUCAGUAGUAUUUCUGAUCAUUUAUAAAGCAGCUUUAACUAUGCAAAAGUAAAAAUUUGUUCACCUGAAUAUGGUUGCCUAUAAUUUGGUUCAUCCACUUCAUUUGAACUUUGGUGGAGAGUUGUCUCAUUGGCAAUCAUCAUAGGCAGAUCCAGACCCCCACCCCCUCUUCGUGGGGAAAAUUUGGUUGAUUUUAUAGGGAAUCACUGAAACAUGACUGGAGCGGGGCUCCCCUUAGAUCAGUCAGUUAGAAUGAUGAAUUACUAAGGAAGUUAAGAGAUUUGUUUUAUAUAAUGCUUUCAAUGGGAUAUUUUAUGUUUAAUGGAAUAACCCAAUGGAUAAGUUUAUUACAUGUUUUGCAUUACUGUAUCAAAUAGUGCUACCUCUUAAAAUAGGGGCUGUUCCAGAAUUAAACAUUUGGAAGAAUUUUUAUUUAGACCCCCAGGGCUAUCACUCAUAAU